GUGGCAACACGGAUCAUCGAGGCGCUGGAUGUGCCCUGGGUCGUGCUGCUCUCCAUGGACUCCUUCUACAAGUGGGUGACGGAGCGUGCAGGGGCUGGCAAAAAAAAAGACUACAACUUCGACCACCCUGACGCCUUCGACUUUGAGCUGCUCGUCAGUGUCCUCCGCAAGCUCAAGAAGGGCAAGAGCGUGAAGGUGCCGGUGUAUGACUUCACAACGCACAGCCGCCGCCGGGAGUGGAAAACAGUGUAUGGGGCCAACGUCAUCGUCUUUGAAGGGAUUCUGGCUUUUGCGAACAAGGAGCUGCUGAAGCUUCUGGACAUGAAAGUGUUUGUGGACACGGACUCUGACAUACGGCUGGUGCGGCGGCUGCAACGCGACAUCAUGGAACGUGGUCGCGAUGUCGCGGGUGUCAUCAAGCAAUACAACAAGUUUGUGAAGCCAUCCUUUGAGCAGUACAUUGAGCCCACUGUGCAGGUUGCCGACAUCGUGGUGCCCAGGGGUGGGGAAAACUUUGUGGCCCUGGACCUCAUUGUGCAGCAUGUGCACAGCCAGCUGGAGAAGCGUGAGAUCACUGUCAGGGCAGCUCUGGCCUCUGCCCACCAAGGGCAGCCUCUGCCAAAGACGCUGAGUGUCCUGGAGAACACUCCGCAGGUGCGAGGCAUGCACACCAUCAUCAGGAACAAGGACACAACCAGGGAUGAAUUCAUCUUCUACUCCAAGCGCCUGAUGCGGCUGUUGAUUGAACAUGCCCUCUCCUUCCUGCCACUGAAGUCGGUCACUGUGGAGACGCCUCAGGGGACAACGUAUGAAGGGAAGCGGUUCCACAGGCAGAGGAUCACAGGCGUGUCCAUCCUGCGAGCAGGGGAGACCAUGGAGCAGGCCCUUACUGCUGUGUGCAAGGACAUCCGCCUGGGCAAGAUCCUCAUCCAGACCAACCAUGACACGGGGGAGCCCGAGCUCCACUACCUGCGCCUUCCCAAGGAGAUCAGUGAGGACUACGUCAUCCUCAUGGACAGCACCGUGUCCACAGGGGCCGCGGCCAUGAUGGCAGUGCGCGUCCUGCUGGAUCAUGACGUGCAGGAGGACAGGAUCUUCCUGCUGUCACUGCUGAUGGCGGAGAUGGGGGUGCACUCCGUGGCCUAUGCCUUUCCCCGUGUCCACAUCAUCACCACCGCUGUGGACAAGCGGAUCAAUGAGGAGUUCCACAUCAUCCCGGGCAUCGGUAACUUUGGGGACCGAUACUUCGGCACUGAUGGCCCCUCUGCCUGGUGCGAGAGUGACGUCAUGGACUGCUGA